UGUCAAAUUAUUUUAAGUAAAAAAAAAACUAUUAAUUUUUGUUCAUGCAUGAAAACUUUCUUUAUUUUGACAAAAUAUACUAUGGCGUCUCCGGAACGACCCUUUUCAAUGAGGCAAGCCAGAGAAGCUGAAGCAUUGGGGUAUUUCGACAAACGGAAACCUUCCUAUUUGCCUUACUACAUAACAAGACACAGGCAUUUGGCAAGACGCCGAUUACAUCACGCUCGCAGCAAAGAACACGCACUGAAACAUAUAGACAUAAGAAAGGGUUGGCUUGCUUUAUUCUGGAUUGUAGUUUUCCUUGUGGUAAUGACUAUUCUUUGCUAUCUGCUCAUGGAUAUACUUUCAGUCUACGUUUCACAUCCAAUUGCAACUCAAAUCCUCACGGAAAAUGAACCUCUUCUGUUUCCGGAUGUUACCAUUUGUCCUGUUUCACCAGUUUCUUACGGUUCAAAUAGCUCUCUCGAAAAAUUAAACGAGAUAAAAGAUUAUGUUACGCAGAAAUUAAAAUAUGCUGGCCUCCCCACAAAUGAUAAGAACAUCGAAGCCGCUUUGCUUAUACAACUGUAUUUCAUCUCUUUGUUUCCGGUAUCCAACACCAAGUUGUCAUUGUAUACAAAUUUUCACCGACUAGAUAAUCUUGUUAAUUGCUCGAUAUUCUUGUCGAACUUUAUGUCACAUAGUGCGUUUUGCACAUACACGCGCGCACGCAAUUCUCCAAAUGAUUGCAAGGGCUUUUUGAAUCCACGCCACUCUUUUUAUGAGAAAUCAUUGAGGAAACAACGAAAAUAUCCUCAGUGA